AGUCGGAUGGGACAAGUCGUGGGACAAGUACAAAUUUGACAACAAGAGCGAGGACUUUGCAAGAUCGGGACAGAGGCUGGCAUCAGUUAUUACCGAAGAGCAAAGAUAUACUUGUGCAUUUGAGUCGACGAGUGCCAGCCCUAUGGAUUCGCAACUGCAACAAAUGCAUCUGCUCCCAAAGUUCAGUGGCCAGCUCUCAAGAGUAAAAUUGGAACCUCCCGAUGCCGCUUGCCUGCACGAACAGGGCCAGAUAGAGCAGCAGUGCUGCAGCGAGUCUCCAUCAAGAGGGAUGACAGCUGGGAUGUGCCACAUUAAAGAGGAACCCCCAGAUGACUCUUCAAAUGAUCGUCAGAUCGUAGAAGUGAAAACGGAGCCUUAUAACACUGCAGUUUUGGCGGAGCAAGACCAUAUGGGACACAGCCAUCACUCAACUUCAGAAAAAGCAACAGCAAGCACUGGAGCACUUCAUCUUGACACUUACAACAUUUGUGAUCCCGUAUCUACGAGCCGCAACUCUUCAAAUGCGCAGUUCAGCAUCAGUGCAGCAACAGUUCAGCUUCCAUUUGACAACACUAUCCCAGUCACUGUGAACGGUAGACCCACAGGUUCCGUACCCAGAGACAUUUCUCCACGCCAGAGUGAGACCCAAAAGACGAGCGAGUCGUCAAUUUCGAACCACAAGAAUGACAAGCUGUACAAGGGCAUUGACAUUGGCCACUUGCAAGUUUGCCUCGAGGCUCACAAUGCAAAGACACUUACUUGCAAUGCAUGUCCUGCGACGUUCCACCACAUGUCAGCCCCGAGAGUGCACACGAAACGGCAUGCAGGUGAGGGGUCAUACAAGUGCACACUGUGUACACUUGCAUGCGUGUCUCAGGUCAGCCUCGAACGCCACAUGCUUCUACACGGUUGCGACAAGUCCCCACAGUGUCCCGCUGCAUCAGAGGAUCAGAUGGGAGAGAAGAGUCUUGAGGCUCACUGCGACCUCUGUCCUGGUACACCCUCUCUGUCACAGAGUGCCAAGAACCACAUGCUGAAGCCAAAUGGCAAGAGGCCACACAAGUGCAGCCUUUGUCCUGCAGUGUUCAGCCACAGCAGAGAACUGCGGCGUCACGGACAGACACACACUGGAGAGAAGCCACACAAGUGCGGGCUUUGUGCUGCCACGUUUGUCCACCGUGGACACUUGACGAACCACAUGCGGAUGCACACAGACGGGAAGCCGUGCAAGUGCAAGUUCUGUCCCGCUGAAUUCAUCAACCUGCACAACCUGAAGGACCAUGAAAGAACUCACACCGGCGAGAAGCCAUUCAAGUGCGACAUCUGUCCUGCAGAGUUCAGCCAGAGCACAAACCUGCGGCGUCACAAGCGGACGCACACGGGCGAGAGGCCAUACAAGUGCGAUCUCUGUUCCGCAGCGUUCAACCAGAGCACACUACUGUGGCAUCACAAGCGGACACACACGGGCGAAAAGCCAUACAAAUGCGAUCUGUGUCUUACAAGGUUCAGCCGGAUGCACCACUUGAAGGAUCACGUACGGACUCACACCGGCAAGAAGCCUUACAGUUGCAACCUUUGUCACAUAGGGUUCAGCCGGAGGACGAACCUGCGGCGCCACAAGGAGAUGCAUACGGAGUAGAAACCUUACGCGUACAGGCUCUGCAGUGUUACGUCUAUCUGCCAGGAAAGCCUUCCGCACUGCGAGCACUUGCAACACUUAUUGGGGAGUAGCUAUAGGAGCGUAACUAGAGCACUGCACAGGCCGUAUCUUUAGGCCCAGGCCAGGCCUGAGGCCAGCCUUCCUUGGAUUUAUCCACCAGGACCCGACCGGAUGGCUGCAAUACCUAGCUUGGCCCAAGCCCGAAGGAGCCCAUAAUGGUCCAGCCCAGCCCAGGCCCUCAACAGAAAUCUUUACCCGGCCCGGCCCAUGGCUCGGGUUUCGGAGUACGUCCGAGCCCGUGCAGUGCUCUAGGUGUAACCUCUGCCCUGCAGCAUAUUAACACAGCACAGAUGUGCAGCGUCACAGAUGGAAACACGUGUGAGAGACUGCGCAACUGCAAACUCUGUUCCGUGCCAUGUCCUCAAUUCAGAGACCUGAGGAAGCACACAGGUGCUGUACAGAUGCGAACUGUAUUUCACCUUUUUUCAUUCCCUUUCUACGUCUAAACUCACAUGCAUGGACAGAGUCGGGUGAAAGAGUCUUGAGUGAUUGAUGGUGCACCCAAAGCCCGAAAAGAAAGCAGUGCUGCAAACAUAAAGACAAACACAAAAAUUAUGUCCUUGCACGGGCUGUUAUGCCAACCAAGGUUUAUUUUCGUGAACAGCACAAGCUUAUAUUGUCCCGUCUUUUUUCUUUCUUGUGACUGGUUUUUCGUUCAACUGAAAUUUGGAAAACUUUGUAAAUUGUGUUGAGGGGUUGCAACUAGAGGUGUGCGGAUAUUCGAAAUUUCGAAUACGAAUCGAAUAUUUGCGACAUUCGAUUGGCAUUCGAAAAUUUGAUAUUCGAAGUUUUCGAAUAUUCGAUUUUUUUCGAAUAUCAUAGCAGUUUAUUACAAAGCUGUCGCAUGCUGCGCGCUGGAAUUUGUACGUCGCGGUAUCUGCGCAGAACAAGAAAAAAAAAGAGCUGCAAAGCGACGCGCGGAGCUUCCGAUGGCCUCACGCGUUAGAGUGAAUGAGUUUCACACAGUGAAACUCUGCAGUUUCUCGCUUACACAACAAAUGUGGAAGGCAUUGUCAGUGCAAGCAGAAAGCACUUGCCACCUUCACUUUCCUUCUGAGAUGUGCUCAUCACUAGACCAUCCUGCAUUCAGAACAUGUCAUUGCUCUUUAGUUCCACUCUGUCUGUUCUACCAGCACAGGUGUUCACUGUUCAUGAAAGAUUUUUUGAAGUGUAAGUUUUUUUUUAAUGGUUUUCAGCUUGCCUCAUGAGAAAAGCACAUUGUUCCACUGUAAAAAUAAUUUUACUGUACAUGUGCAUAUAAGCAUCUACAUUAAUACAAGUAAUGGAAUACAAUAAUACAUAUUCUGUAUUGCCACUUGGGACAUUUUUCUAAGGAUAACAUAACUGUGACGAUGCUUGUUUUCGGUGCUUAAUUAACUUGUCUUAACUUAAAUAACCCUUAACUUAAUUAACUCUUAAAAGCCUUUAUCCUACGACACAAUAUUCGAUUCGAUAUUCGAAGGAAAAUUUUGUAGAUAUUCGUAUUCGAAAAUUUCAGUAUUUGCACACCUCUAGUUGCAAUACAAUGUUACUUGUGUGUGUGAAAAAUGGGACAGUAAAAUGGACAAGAUGACCCGUAA